GCAAGGCAACCAUACCCUGUCGCUCUCGCCUAGAGACCUUCAUAAGCCCUACCACGCAUGUACGUGCACAGACAAAUACAGAACCUUCAUUCAGCUUUUCUCCUUUUUACCUAUUGGACGGAUUUGUAGGCUAUAUCUGGCUGACACCUCAGUAUAGCCCAUCUUCUGAGCAGCUAAUCAACACCUUGAAAUACCAAACCAUUACCUGUAAAGGGAAAAGAAAGAGCGUGUAGAAGCCUGAAAUCCUUCUUUGAGUUUCCUGAGAGAAAUACCAGACAAUGUUCGAAUAUCGUGCCUCUUGACCUUAUAUGGCAGUGUGGGUGCAGCGCUCGCAGUCGCUUGGCGACUGACCAGAAUCUCAGAUUACUUGUGCCUGCCUAGACCUUUCUAGAUCCGUCAACUCAGCUGCUGGUCUGCAACCAGGCGACGGGGCUAAAUGCGCAAUGCAAUGUCACUACAUUGAGAAUUACAAGACAGGUUUUUUUUUUCUUCAUUUCGGCUUUCAACCACAACGUACACAUACACCAGUCGAAGCAAUUUAUCAUCGUGUAUCCAUUACAUUCGUAAUACUUAUGAGCAAACAAAGACCUGAAGGGGGAAACGCAGCACUCUUUUUCGAGUGACUGAAUCCUCGCCCAGCUAUGGCGCAGUUACUUUACCAACACACAGUACUCCCCUUUGUCUGUGAAGAAGCCAUUUUGAAGCUGCGAACAGCAGAGAAGCCAUUAAACGACAGUAGCCUACUUAAAGUACUUUUUUGGACAAAGCGUGGCAGAGACAUGUCUACGAGAUUAAUUUUAUCCUGAAAUGUACUUCAAUGUUCUCAGUUAAGAUAACACUUUUGGAUUACAUUUUGUAAUUCGUUGAGAUGCCACCCCACUCCACCUUAAAGACAUUAAUAGACGAUCCGAAGAUGGGAGUUAAUACGUUCCUUUUUCCUCUGCAUUUAGGCCUGAUGUAUGUAUUACAUCAAAGCAAGGUUUGGCGAACGGCAUGGACAACAGCCAUCCCGUUUGCAGUUCGGGGGAGAAAAGAAGUCACCAUUGGAAAAGUUACAAGUUGAUUAUUGACCCAGCGUUCGAGAAAGGAUCGCCAAAACUGUAUCGCUACGAUGGACAGACUUUUAGUAUGCCCAACCCUGGAAUGUCACCGGUGGAUAGCGUUCGAGACCCUAGAAUCGGUCGCCACUGGUCCAAGUACAAGGAGACUGAUCUCCCGGUUCCGAAAUUUAAGAUUGACGAAUGUUACAUCGGCCGCGUGCCUCCAAAGGAAGUUACAUUCGCGAAGCUGAACGAUAACAUCAGAGAGUCGUUUUUAACCGACAUGUGUAAGAAAUUUGGAGAUUUAGAAGAGGUGGAAAUUCUGUACAACCCGAAGAACAAAAAACACUUGGGAAUUGCCAAGGUCGUUUUCGGAACGGUGAAAUCAGCCAAGGAGGCCGUCCAGAGUCUAAACAACACGUCUGUCAUGGGCAACAAAAUCCACGCGGAGCUUGACCCUAAAGGGGAGAGGCGACUGAAGUUCUUUCAUCUCUUGACGGACGGUAGCUACACGCCGCAGACCCUGCCCGUAGGCGAGGAGGUCCGGCUGUCACCUCGCAGCCUGGCCGAGGCUCUCAUGGCCUACGAGCCUCUCCGCAGGCUCUCUGAGGGCAGCUCCUCGGGCGCGGGAGGACCCUCGACCCCCGUGAGCACCACCACCCCCCUCUCGGUGGACACAGCCUACUCCAGCGUCCGGCAGGACACGCCCCAGUCCCAGGGGACGCCUCGACAGACGGGCACCCCCUUCUCUCAGGACUCCAGCUACUCCAGCAGACAGAACACACCGGCCUACCAGUCCAGCCGAGCUGAGGGCUCCGGCAGUGGCUACAAGCCUCGCCGCCACGAGACCAAGUUCCAGGAUGCCUACAACCGGCGACCAGAGAGGCGCUACGUCCACGCCACCGGUAGCUCCACCUCCUCCUCCUACCGAGGCAAUGGCUCCGACGCUGCCCCCUUCAAGCAGAACCAGCCACCCCCACCCGAACCCCCGCCCAGCGCUUCUUCCUUCGCCCACACGCCGCCUCCCCCCGGCAACUUCAAGUCAGCCUACUCUCCGUACCAGGCCCCCAUGCCCCCCGCGUUCCCCGCCUCCAAACCUCCGUUCCACCAGCCUCAGAGGGAGGCGGAGUACCCCCGGCCCCCGCAGCCUCCUCCUGUCGCCGCCCCCGACAAGCCAGAGACCCCCCCCAUCCCGGAGCCCCCCCCCGAGCCCACCUCCCACCCCAGCACCCCCCCGCCUCGGACCCCAGAGCGCUGCCCCUCCCCCAGCACCCCCACCCUGGACUCGGAGCGGCACAGCCUGGACUCACGCAUCGAGAUGCUCCUGAAGCGCAAGCUGCCCUUCCUGGCCGAGCGCGACUCGGACAACGAGGUGAAGAUGGAAGGUAGCCCCAUCUCGUCCUCGUCCUCCCAGCUGUCCCCCAUCCCCCCCUACGUGGGCGGGCCCCCCGGCCCCCAGCGCCCCUCCAGACCCUCCAGCACCGGCCUGGAGGACAUCAGCCCCACGCCGCUGCCCGAGUCCGACGACGAGGAGCUCAUCCCUGGGACCGCCCCGCUGCUCAAGAGGGCGAGCUCUCCAGGCCCGGAGAAGACCGUUUCCGACGACCUCAAAGACGGUCGUCUUGGAAACCACACCCCCACGGACAAAAUGGACACGAGCAACCACUCCUCAGGGGAGGACAUGGAGAUCUCCGACGACGAGAUGCCCGGCUCGCCGGUCGCCAGUGGCGACUGCGCCAAGGGCAUCGUGGUCAACUCGGCCGUGUCGCCCAUGCACCCCCAGUCCAUCUCCAUCCCUCCCCCGGGCUUCCCCCCCCUCCCCCCCCAAGCUGGCUUCCCCCUGCCGCCCCCGCACCUGCCCCCCCACUCCUCCGUCCCCGGCCCCCACCCUCCUCACAUGGCCGGUCCCGGGGUGCCCCACCCCAUGCUGCCCCACCUGCCCUACCUCCCAGGCAUGGUGCCCAUGAUGCAGAUGGACCUCAUCAGCUGCCUCCCUCAGUGGAGCAGCGUCCACAUGUCCUUCCAGAUGCAGACCCAGAUGCUGAGUCGCAUGGCCCAAAGCCAGAGGCCCUACCCCUACCCCCACUUCAUGGGUGCGGCCGGGGCGGCUGCAGCCGGGGCGGGGGCCAUGGCCUUCGGGGGCCCCUACCAGCCCCUGGCCAUGGGGGCCAGCCCUGCGGCGAACGCAGCUGCGCCAGGGCAACCCUGGCCGCUUCCCAGCAUGCCAAAGUUCAACCCGGCGGUUCCCCCUCCCGGCUACGAGGCGAAGAAAGAGGACCCGCACAAGGCCACGGUGGACGGAGUCCUGCUGGUCAUCAUGAAGGAGCUCAAGGCCAUCAUGAAGAGGGACCUGAACCGCAAGAUGGUGGAGGUGGUGGCCUUCAGGGCCUUCGACGAGUGGUGGGACAAGAAGGAGCAUUCGGCCAAGGCAUCCUUAACCCCGGUGAAGGCCGGGGAGGGCAAGGAGGAGGACAAACCCAAGCCCAAAGAGACGAUGGGCUCCAGCCUGCUGGAGAACUGGAACAAGGGCGAGGGCCUGGGCUACGAGGGCAUGGGCCUGGGCAUCGGCCUCCGAGGGGCCAUCCGCCUGCCUUCCUUCAAGGUGAAGAGGAAGGACCCCCCCGAGGCGUCGUCCACGGGCGACACCAAGCGGGCGAGGCCGUCCACGCCCGCGGACGACGAGCUGGAGGACGACGGGCAGGCCGACCUGCCGUCCGACGGCUCCAAGCUGGACGGGGACAGCGCGGCGGCGCGGCGCCGACAUGCCCGGCCCCUGGAGCUGGACAGCGAGGGCGAGGAGGAGGAGCCCUCGGGGAAGGAGGAGGAGUCUCUGUCCGAGAGGGAGGAGGAGCCUGACGAGACGGAGGUCUCUGAGAGGCUGUCGUCGGGCAAGGAGAGUGGUGAAGAAGAUGGGGCGGACUCAUCCAGUGACUCACGUCCAGGAUCAUCCGAUUCUUCGGACGAAGAUGCAGCUAGCUCUGCCUCGAGCAAGGCAGACUCGGACUCGUCAGCAGAGAGCGGAGACUCGUCGGACUACGAGUCGAGCUCGGAAGAGGAGGAGGAGGAGGAGAUGGCGGUGGAUGUGGAGUCUGAGAAAGGAGAGGACCGGCUUCGGUCCUCGUCCUCCUCCUCGUCUUCCUCGUCCUCCUCCGACGAGGAGGCUGAAGAGGAGGAGGAGGUGGUGGUGGUGUCCAAGGCUCCCAGCACGCCCACGGGCCCCCCGCCCAAGGAUGAGCCGUGUGAGGAGGACCAGAGUCCGGGCAAGGGAGCGGGCCGCAAGGCCAUGCCCAACCACAGGGCCCUGGUCGAGGGGCAGGAGGUGGCAGGGUCUGGCCGGACCACCCUGGAGGACGUCUGGCCACUGUCGCCCAAGGGAGUCCCAGUCGAAGAGCCAGAUAUGGAUCUUGAAGUCAGCAUUCCUGUACCCACGUCCGAACCCCACGAGGAUGUUGGGAACCUACGUCCUCCCACUCCCACGGGAUCCCUAGCCGACAGCGACCAGGACACUCGGCCCAAGCCCCGCCCGCAGGACGAGGAGCUACCCUGCACCACCGCCCCUAAAACCCUCCCCGUCCCCUCCAUGCACCUCCCCCUGCCUCCUACCCCCACCCUGGAAGCUCGCUCCCUGCCCCUGCUUCCCCCCGGCCCCCUGACCGAACUCCUCCUGCCCCGGCCCCGGCUCCCCACGGACGAGGACACCCCCCGCACCCCCGGCCGGGACCUGAUGGAGCGGACGCGGGGCCUGGGGAAGUCCCAGAGCACGGAAACGGUGCCCAACACGCCCGGCGGCGAGACCCCGCUCACGGGCAACAGCCUGACGCUCAGCUCGCCCCACGUCCUGGGAAGCCCCUUCUCCUACCCGGCCCAGUCGCCCGUCCUGAGCGCGGGCAUCCCCCGCACCCCCGGGAGAGACUUCACCUUCGCCCCCACCUUCCCCGACCCGGCGGCGCUAGCGGCCAGCCUGGCCAGAAAGGCCUCCUCCGAGAGCCUGGAUGAGCGGCCUGUCUUCAAGGAGCCCCCCCUCGGCACGUUGUUGCCCAGCCUGCCUCUGUCUGUACCCUCCCUGCAUGAGCCCCCCCACGGCCCCCCCACAGACGGGCCCCCCCACGGCCCCCCCACAGCCGAGCCCCCCCUCGCCCCCGACGCCACCCCACCCAAGCGCAAACCCGGCAGACCCAAGACCAAGAAGACGCUGGCGUCGGCGCCCCCUGCCGUGACCUCGGAGCUGCCGUUGGGCUUCAUGCCCCCCUCCCUGCCCCCCAUCACCCAGGCCCUGGCCAACGCAGCCCUCCCGGACGCCAUCGGCCGUGCCGGCCUGGACGCCACCGCCAAGGGGCUGGACUUCCGGGAAGCGGAGGCGGAGCCUCAGACGACGACGGUUGUGAAGUGCGAGGACGGCAUCCUGCCCUACGAGGACGAGGAGACCCUCAUCAAGCCGGUCCGGCGGGCGCGGAGGGGGUGGGAGGAGCUUCUGCUGGACACCCUGUCCCCCGCCACCUCGCCCUCGCGGCCCUGCUUUGCCCCGCGCUCCGAGUUCGAGGAGAUGACCAUCCUGUACGACAUCUGGAACGACGGCAUCGACGAGGAGGACAUCCGCCACCUUCAGGUGACCUACGACAAGAUGCUGCAGCAGGAUAUCGGCAACGACUGGCUCAACGACACCCUCUGGGUCCAGCACCCUCCUACCAACAUCCCGGGGACAAAGAAGAAGAGGCGGGACGACGGCAUGAGGGAUCACAUGACCGGCUGUGCGCGUAGCGAGGGCUACUACAAGAUCGACAAGAAGGACAAGAUCAAAUACCUCCAGAGCACCCGCCUGCUCUCCGACGAGCCCCCUGUCGACACCCAGGGGAUGAGUAUCCCGGCCCAGGUCCACGCCUCCACCAGGGCGGGCUCGGAGCGCCGCUCAGAACAGCGUCGCCUGCUGUCCUCCUUCAGCUGUGACAGUGACCUGCUCAAGUUCAACCAGCUCAAGUUCCGUAAGAAGAAGAUUCGCUUUUGUAAGUCAGGCAUCCACGACUGGGGCCUGUUCGCCUUGGAGCCCAUCGCUGCUGACGAGAUGGUGAUCGAGUACGUCGGCCAGAACAUCAGACAGGUGAUCGCUGACAUGAGGGAGAAGCGCUACGAGGAGGAGGGCAUAGGGAGCAGCUACAUGUUCCGCGUGGACCACGACACCAUCAUAGACGCCACCAAGUGUGGCAACUUCGCCCGCUUCAUCAACCACAGCUGCAACCCCAACUGCUACGCCAAGGUGAUCACCGUGGAGUCCCAGAAGAAGAUCGUCAUCUACUCCCGCCAGCCCAUCAACGUGAACGAGGAGAUCACCUACGACUACAAGUUCCCCAUCGAGGAUGAAAAGAUCCCCUGUUUGUGCGGAGCAGAGAACUGCAGGGGCACGCUGAACUAGAGCCAGAGACGCUUCCAGCAACGACGAGCACUGUCCCUAAACAUGGCCGCCCACGCUACCCUGGAGACGCACACGGAGACUCCAUGCCAAAAAGUCGACACGGUGAUGGAAGACCGGGGAGGAGACAGCUGAAGAACCCGGGUUCGAAAACCUGCAAGUCAUCUGGGUUCAGUGCAGUUUUCCUAUCUGGGACUCUUAUACACACACAUUCACUCAAGAUUGUUUACGAUUUCAGGUGCUUCUUCAACAGACACAUACUCUGCCAGUGACCUGGACAAUACUAAGCACUGUACCGACGGACUUCCUGGUCCGUCACUCUAAACCUUCCCUCUUCCGAUGUGUAUGUUCGACUUGGUUCCACUUCGGCUCUCGUUCUGGGUUUGUUUCACCUACUCUCACUUUCCUCAUAAGCUUUAUGGCGUACAUGUGUGGUACGUGACCCCCCCCCCCUUCCCCCCCCUUAAAACACUUAUAUACAUACAUACAUACAUACAUACAUACAUACAUACACGUGUACAUGCACACACCCAACCCUCCCUCCUAGCUGCUCAUUGAUACUGUAAACACGCACAAGGAUAACACUUCCCUCGAUUUAGGAGGGGCCUGUCACACUAUUCCCCUCCCCUGGCUCAGAGGUCAGGGGUCAGGUUCCUGACACCUGUUGGGAUGUCAGCUGACACCAGUGCUUUCAUAGCAGAUGCAGAUCUGAGGCGCACACAACGGCUAAUUCUGCCACGUAUUCACAGAUCUGGUAUGUGUGGGGGCCGUCGUCCCAUCGCUCGACACACACACGGAGACACACCGCUCUUACCAGCAAAUACCAUAUCAUGCUGCUGCCUGUGACUUUAUGCAAAUUCUAGGUGUAUGGAUUCAAAGAUUUACAAAUGGUAUUAAUGCUCUCGCUGUAUUUUUCCACUUUUUUUUGCUCUCGCUCUCCUCUCGUCUCUUCUAAGACACUUUAGUGUGUGUGUGUGUGUGUUUUCUCUGCGUGUGCACGUGAAAGCAAAAUAUGUGAGUGUGCUGCCCUCUAUAGGCCAUGCUUUAGAAUAGUCGAUUGAAGAGAGGGGGGGGGCACAAAAUGGGUACUUCGAAGAACUGAAGGUUUAACCAUGCAUCACUAGUGUUAAGUCCUUGGAAAGGCAUAGCUCACUGUGCUUUCAUGGAGGGUUAAGUCUUGUUGAACCCAAACUCAAUGUAACCCCAGCCAGUGUCCCGUCUCAAACUGUCGUCUGUCACGUAACACCGAUGUUGGGGACGAGCCUGGCUGUGGGACAAUCAAAGGUGGGCAUCAUGAUGACGAUGAUGAUGGUCAUGCAUAGCAUCAGUAUUUUAAGUGCCAUAUGCAUGGAUACCUUCCAGAGUUCUGAAACAGGGAUGUCUCUGAAAGCUGACUGUAGCUGUUGUGUUUAACCCUCGCACACAACACACAAUGAAAAGAAAGGGUUAAAAAAAAAGAAGUCAUAUUUUAACCUGUGAGCGAAUGUGUUUGUACUGGAUGAGGUCUGUGUGUGCAUGUUGCUUUUGUAACUGUCGGUUUCCUUCGCUUGCGAUGGCGAGUACGAUGGGUCCCCCCCUGCCUAUGUCUCGUCGUGUCUCAGCGCGUAGGCCCCUCCCACCCCAGUAUUGUACCUAGCUCACACCAGUGUUCCUGAAAGGUCGCCUAGCACCUCGCUCUCUUUGCUUCUUGCCCCCCUCCCCCCAGGCUCCAGUCCACAGUUAGUCUUGUCCUCCUGUGGUCACAUGGUCUCUGUCAUUCGCAGGAUGUGAACACCAUCUUCAAUGCAUCAGAGGCUUGCACUUCCUGUAUCGCUCUUGUCUCCCCAGCCAAUCCAGAAUCCUCCAAGACCAAGUCAGUCAUUGCUUCCCGGUCAUUGUGAUGACAUGCUUUGAAGGAUGUUUUUUUUAACGGCAGUGGUGUUUAUUAUGUACAGGCUCACUUGUAAAUCAGAUCUGAAGCUUCUUUUUUUAUCACAACAGGGGAGUACUUAUGAUGCAUCUUUCCUUUUUUAUUAAACAAAAAAUGAGUAUUUAAGAAGAUAUUUUCAGGGAUCUGUGAAAAGGAAUUUCUAAAGUUAAACAAGGGUUGAAAUUGUUUAUUUAAAGCAAAGGUCCAUCUUGUACAGACAGAAAGCUCCUCUUCCCUUUUGAAAGAUCGUUUCUUGUAGAAACUUCUUCACUUUCUGCCCAUUUCCUUUGUAAUCUUAUUAAAAUGUGUAAAUACUUUAACUGUGAAUAUAUAUAUUUUUGUUUUGGGGGAUUUGCUACAUAAACACAGCUCAGAGAAAUGUGUAUUAAUUUGAGUGUGCUUUGAGCUGGUGGCAGUAUUUUCAGCUUGUGUCAAGCUUUAUUUUUUAUUUUGUGUUGUAAAUUCUAUGAAAACUUGUUUGCAGUGUGAGGGACAGAUACAAUGAUGUUGCAGAAAUGGUAUGGGAAAGGGGCGGAGCCACCAGCCUGCUUCUCAUGUCUAUUUAUUACACAACAAAUGUAUGAAAAAGAAAAUCAUGGAAAAUAAACGCAUUUUUUUUCAAGCGA